AUGAGAUCCGCCAUUUCCAUCGGUUUAUUGAUCCUCGUGAUCGUACAGUGCACCCUGACAAGUCCAGUUCCGCAAUUUCUCACCUUCCGUGAUGGGAAAUUCGGCGUAAACUUCGGUGGCUACCACGCGGAGGCCGGUUUGGGCGGUCUGCUUACCGGGAACAGUGCCCACGGUGGUCUGUCCGCUUCGGCCGGAACGCCCCACGGGCAGCAGGCCGGUGCCGGCAUUGGCGGUCUGGUCGGCGGCAAUGAACGCACCGCGGGUGGAGCGUACGCUGGAGCAACGGCUGGACAUGGUGUUGGAGCUAGCGCUGCCAUCGGCGGAGGACUUGAUGGAGCGGGUGGAGCUGGCGGUGUUGGGGCCGAAUCACACGCCGGAGGAGUGAGCAAGAAGGUCGUCCGGCUGGGCCAAACUAACCAUGGAGCACCACCAUCGGAGGUCGUCAUUGCGAAGGAAACCGGUGUACACCACGAAGGAAACUUUGAGCGUAUCGAUAACCACCAGGUGAAGGAACUGCACACCGACCUGAGAGCACCAGCACCCCAACCGGCACCGACACACACCUUCCACAAGACGGUGUACAAGAAAAAAGUCAUAAGCCAUCCUCACAAGGUCGCCGUAAUUGAAACACAUCACACUGGGCCCCAGCCUCAGCUGGACAUUAAUCGAUUCUUCGACUUCCAAACAUUCACCAACUUGGGUGCGCAUUAUGCUCAUCCUGCACCGCCGCCGCCACCACCGCCACCACCAGCACCGAUCGUACAAAAGACGCUAGUGAAGCAGGUGUCCUAUCAACCUGUAUACACACCUACCUAUCAAAAAGAGGUGCACACCCGUUUCGAUUCGUCCAACGGGCACAGCGGUGGCGGAUCAUCCUCGACCAGCCACGUAGUUGCCAGCUCGACUCACAAUGCAAACUUCUGGAACGAUAUCUUCAACAUUCCCAUCUCCACACUGACGGCGGUCAAUCAGCUGCUGAACAAUAAGGCCGGAAGCGGUAGUCUGCACGUCGAGAAGCACGUUGAAGUGCAUUAA